CUGCUAGCUUGCGUCUGCUUGCAGUUUCUCAUACACAUGGAGAACACAACAUCGCCUCAAUCUUCAUGCAUCAGCCAGCCAGCGGCGGCGGUAGCGUCCAUAUCGGCCGGCGAGAGCAGCUGGGCGAUGCACUUUGCAAACUUCGUGGCAUCAACAGACAACAGACAGGAGAUGGAUCACCAAGGAGAAGCCUCUGACAGUGAUUUCUCCUCUGGCUUCUCUUCCUCAUUUGAUUCCUUGGGUGACGGCUCCGACACCGACUCCUUCCUCACGUCGGACCUCAUGGAUGAAGACGAUGAGGAUGAUUCUCUGCAGGACACUGCCUGUUCUUCCGCCGCUCGCCCUAAGGUAACCAGCAUGCAUGAUAUGUUCAUCAAGUCAAUUCUAACCAUGGAUGCAAAGGACAUGAACACCGCCCAGCUGGCCAAGUAUUUCCUCGAUGCGGGUUCAAGGCAGCAGGCGACUGGUGCGGCUCCAGAAGUGAUCAGCGGUGGAAAUAGCAACGAGAAGCAGCUGCAUGAGUUCAAUGAUCUGAGGAAGAAAGGGCUUUGCUUAGUCCCUCUCUCCAUGUUGAUAGAUUACCUAGGUUGAUUACCGUUCAUGUACUGUCAGAACGCUGGUUCAGUUAUAUACAAUAUAUAUAUAUAUAUAUAGUUCGUACAUCA